UGAGCUCUGCAUCUUGUGGUAGGCUACCGCAAGUGCGGAAUGUCAGAACAAGAUCGGCAGUCUCGAGCACGCAGCUCGCCAGCAAUGGCUGUCAGCGAGGGGGAGCAGCAGCCGCUCCACAUCCUCUUCUUCCCGUUUAUCGCGCACGGCCAUCUCAUUCCAGUGGCCGACAUGGCCGCGCUUUUCGCCACUCGCGGCGUCAAGUGCACCAUCCUCACCACCCCAGCCAACGCCGAAGUUAUCCGCCCAGCUGUGGACCGUGCCAACGACGCCUCCCGUGCCACCGGCGCCCCGGAGAUCAGCAUCACGCUCUUCCCCUUCCCCGACGUCAGCCUCCCGCCGGGCGUCGAGAACAUCCCAAGCAUGUCCAUGGCCGACCGGGACAAGAUGAGCAAAGCGUUCCCGCUGUUUCGUGAGCCAUUCGACCGGUUCUUGGCCGAGCAUCACCCAGACGCCGUCGUGGCCGACAGCUUCUUCCCCUGGUCCGCGGAUGCCGCCGCGGAGCACGGCGUCCCGCGACUGUCGUUCCUCGGCAGCAGCCUGUUCGCGCGGGCCUGCACCGACAGCAUGCUUCGCAACAACCCGGUGGAGGCCUCCCCCGACGACCCCGACGCCAUCGUUUCCUUGCCGGACAUGCCGCACCGCGUCGAGCUGAGGCGGAGCCAGAUGAUGGACGCCAAGAAGCACGCGGACGAUUGGGCCUACCUCCAACUCGUGAACGCCGCAGACCAGAGGAGCUUCGGCGAGUUGUUCAACAGCUUCCACGAGAUGGAGGCGGACUACGUCGAGCACUACCACGCCAAGAUUGGCCGCCGCGCGUGGUUCCUGGGGCCGGUGGCGCUUGCCACCAAGGGCAUGGCGGCGAGGCAACGCACCGGCCACCUCUCGCCGGACGCGGAACGCUGCCUGCGAUGGCUCGACCAGAAGGCGGCCGGCUCAGUCGUCUACAUCUCGUUCGGCACGCUGGCCCGUCUAUUGGCGGCGGAGCUAAGGGAGAUCGCCCGCGCCCUGCAGCUCACUGGCACGAACUUCCUGUGGAUCAUCACCCGGGAGGACACCGACGCAUCGGAGUGGAUGCCCGAAGGCUUCGCCGAUCUGGUGGCGCGCGGCGAGCGCGGACUCAUCGUCCGGGGCUGGGCGCCGCAGGUGCUCGUUCUGAACCACCCCGCCGUCGGCGGCUUCGUGACGCACUGCGGUUGGAACUCCGUACUGGAGGCCGUGUGCGCCGGCGUGCCUAUGGUGACCUACCCGCGUUACACCGACCAGUUCUACAACGAGAAGCUCAUCGUGGAGACGCUCAAGGUCGGCGUCGGCGUCGGCGCCGGCGACUUCGCGUCGUUCAUGGACGAUCGGAGCCAGGUGAUUGAGGGCGAGGUGAUCGCUGAGGCCAUCGAGACAGUGAUGGGUGAAGGUGAGGCGAUAAGGAGAAACGUUAAGGAGCUCAGCGAGAAGGCAAGGAGCGCCGUGCAGGAGGGCGGCUCUUCCUACGAUGAUGCCGGACGGUUGUUGGAUGAGCUGAUGGCUCGCCGGAGCUCCGCCACGGCUUGAGAUACUGAGAUGGCAUCUGGUCGGUUGACGGUCACCGGGACAGCCGGACGGAUUCGUCGUCUUCCAGUACUGUCCAUACCAGUCACAAAAUAUCUCUGGACAAAAAAAAAAUGUUUGGUUUAGGUGCUAUGUGGCCUUCCGCUGUGGACCAACCGUCUCCUGUUCUCCCAACAUGAAACAAAUUAAGAACCGCGAGAAUCUUGGGAGGGCAAA